AUGGAUCAGGCAAUACGACAAGUACUCCAGAAACCCGAUCUGGCAGGUAGAAUGAUGACUUGGGCUAUCGAACUCUCCCAAUAUGACUUACAGUAUGAACCCAGACACGCGAUCAAGGCUCAAGCCAUGGCUGAUUUCCUGGUAGAAGUAAGAGGGGACCCUGCCGGGACACCGAGCACACAGUGGAAGCUCCAUGUGGACGGGGCAUCCAACCAAAUGUUUGGAGGAGCAGGAAUCAUCUUGGAAAACCCAGCUGGAGUUGUAUGCGAGCAGUUAGUCAAAUUUGAUUUCCUGGUAUCGAAUGACCAAGCAGAGUAUGAGGCCCUCCUGGGCAGCCUAGUUCUAGCAAGGGAGAAGUAUGUGGGGAAGGUCAAUGAGUUAAGCAAACAAUUUGAGGAGGUCACAGUCCAACAUGUUCCGAGAGAAAGAAACACACGGGCAGACCUCCUGUCCAAGCUAGCGAGGAAAAAACCAGGGACUGGCAACCGGUCUCUCAUUCAAGGUUUGAUAAAAGAACCAGCAGUGGUCUUACAGCUGACACAAUUAGAACCCUCUUGGAUGGACCCGAUCAUCGAAUUUCUAGAGAAGGCAAAGCUCCCCAGCGACGAGAAGGUGGCCAAAACAAUAAGGCGGGAAGCGGCCAAGUAUGCAAUCAUACAGGGCCUGUUGUUUAAAAAAGGAAUUAGCCAACCACUGCUGAAAUGCCUGCGCCCCGACCAAACGGAGUACGUCCUCCGGGAAGUCCACGAAGGAUGCUGCAGUCACCACAUCAGAGGCAAGGCCUUAGCCAGGAAGCUCAUCAGAGUCAGAUAUUACUGGCCUUCCAUGAUGGCGGAUUCUAAGGAGUUCGUAAGAAGGUCCAAGAGAUGCCAGGAAAGUUCCAACUUCUACAAAGCGCCCGUAAUUGAACUCAGCCUUCUCACGGCUUCCCGACCCUUCUCACAAUGGGGAAUUGACCUACUGGGACACUUCCCGGUCGGGCCAGGAAAAGUCAAGUACCUGAUAGUGGCGAUUGAUUACUACACAAAAUGGAUAGAGGCAGAGCCAUUGGCCAGCAUAUCCUUGGCAAAUUAUCGAAGGUUCGUUUGGAGAUAG